AUGGACAAAUUCUGGGGUAUCAAAUUAAAUACUGCCCUACGGAUAUAUAAGGCGGUACUAGUACCGAGCUUAACAUAUGCUGCUGUUGUUUGGUGGCCUAGAGUAAAAAAAAUGGAGUCAAAGAAUCUGCUAAAAAGCCUACAGAGUAAUUACCUGAGAGCUGCGACAGGGACUAUGAAAACGACACCAACAGAAGCGUUGGAAAUAGCGCUCUGCAUCCCACUUCUAAAUUUGACAAUCAUAAGCGCGGCCAGACUUACAGCAUAUAGACUGAGGUGUCAAGGGGAGUGGAGAAAUUUCGGGCGGGACCAUACCAGGCUCGGUUUUUUUCACAAACCUCUCUUUACCUUAAAACAGGAUAAAAUAUCCGGAAUAUGCCAAGUGGUCAAAACGUUUUCUAUAAACUUGACCAGACUGGAGGGGCAGACUGGAAAAACGGAAAUCUUCAGAUCCAGCCGGGCGUUCAGGCCUGGUUCACUGAUGGAUCUGGAGCAAACGGUCGCUUUGGAGCGGGCAUAUACUGUCCAGGAUCAAAUCACAGGGAGUCGUUCUUUUUGGGUAGGUUGGCCACGGUCUUUUAAGCGGAAGUAUUGGCCAUUCUGGAAUGUGCAAGACUCCUACUAUCAAAAAAAAAAAACAAAAAAGAGAAGGAUCAACAUCUAUACAGAUAGUAAAGCAGCCAUAGAAGCUCUUGCUAAGACCACCACUGAAUCCUCAGUGGUCUGGGACUGUAUGCAAGCUCUAAAUAGUUUGGGUGAGCGAAACAGCAUCACGCUAGUCUGGGUACGUGGCCACCAAGGUAUUCAAGGGAACGGAAUGGCUGACAGUCUGGCAAAACUAAACACCUUAGAGGAACCAGCCUGUCAGAGAGUUGGAGUCUCUUUUGCAAUAAGGAAAAACCACAUCAAAGACUGGCUGAAACGGGAGCACAGGACCGCUUGGGUGAAACUGAAGAGCUGCCGCCAGGCCAAGGUCCUGAUGACACAGCCAUUGCCAGGUAGAACAAAGGAACUACUGACUAUGGGUAAGUACAAACAAAGAUUGUGUAUCGGUCUUCUCACAAGGCAUUGGGCCUUCAGGGCACAUUUAUUCAACUUAGGCCUAGUUGAGGAGAGUAGGUGUAGAUUUUGCGGUGAGGAAAGAGAGGACAGCGUGCACAUAUUGUUUCGCUGCCCGUCUCUAGUACUCAAGAGGUUCAAAUCUCUGGGCUCCAUGUUCGUGGAGCCCGAAGACCUGAAAAUACACAAUAUCGGCCAUCUGUGUAGCCUGGCAGCAAAUGCCGGGCUAAAACAGCCUGGACGAUAA